CCGCGGCGGGCGGCGGUCCGGGCUCGCGGCCGCAGGGGCCGGGCGGGCGGCCGCGGCGGAGCCAUGUCCGGCGAGGACGGGCCGGGCGCGGCGGCGGCGGCGGCCCGCGAGCGGCGGCGGGAGCAGCUGCGGCAGUGGGGCGCGCGCGCGGGCGCCGAGCCGGGCCCCGGGGAGCGGCGGGUCCGCACCGUGCGCUUCGAGCGCGCCGCCGAGUUCCUGGCGGCCUGCGCGGGCGGCGACCUGGACGAGGCGCGGCUGAUGCUGCGCGGGGCCGAGCCCGGCGCCGACCCGGGUCCCGCCGCCCCGCCGCCCGCCCGCGCCGUGCUGGACGCCACCAACGCCGACGGCAUCAGCGCGCUGCACCAGGCCUGCAUCGAUGAGAAUCUGGAGGUGGUCCGCUUCCUGGUGGAGCAGGGCGCCACGGUGAACCAGGCGGACAACGAGGGCUGGACGCCCCUGCACGUGGCCGCGUCCUGCGGCUACCUGGACAUCGCCAGCUACCUCCUGAACCACGGCGCCAACAUCGCCGCCGUCAACAGCGACGGGGACCUGCCUCUGGACCUGGCCGAGGCCGACGCCAUGGAGGGGCUGCUCCGAGCUGAGAUCGCUUGCCGAGGCGUGGACGUGGAGGCCGCCAAGCGGGCCGAAGAGGACCUGCUGCUUCAUGACACCAGGUGCUGGCUGAACGGGGGCGCCAUGCAGGCCCGGCACCCCCGCACGGGCGCCUCCGCCCUGCAUGUGGCCGCCGCCAAGGGCUACAUCGAGGUGAUGCGGCUGCUGCUGCAGGCUGGCUACGACCCUGAGCUCCGGGAUGGGGACGGCUGGACCCCACUGCACGCGGCCGCACACUGGGGCGUGGAGGACGCCUGCCGCCUGCUGGCCGAGCACGGCGGGGGCAUGGACUCACUGACGCACGCCGGCCAGCGCCCCUGUGAUCUGGCCGAUGAAGAGGUGCUGAGCUUGUUGGAGGAGCUGGCCCGCAAGCAGCAGGACCUUCGGAACCAGGAGGCCUCCCAGAACAGGACCCAGGAGCCCCCCGGCCCAGCUGGCAGCAAACACCGAAGAAGCUCCGUCUGCCGCCUGAGCAGCCGAGAGAAGAACUCCCUGCAGGAUCUGUCCAAGGAGCGCCGGCCGGGGGGUGCAGGGGGGCCCCCCAUCCGGGACGAGGAUGAUGGGGAAGAGGCACCUGCGGUGUCACCCGCACAGCCCAGAGCCCUCAAUGGAGUCUCCUCCCCACUGCCCUCCAGCCCUCAGAGCCCGGUGUCCCCCAAGGAGGCCCCGUUUCCCAGGCGCACUGGCAUCCAGAAGACGGGCAGCUCUGGGGCCUUGGGCCCCCCAGAACGGCAGGGGGCCGGGUUGCAGCGCUCGGCCUCCUCCUCUGUGCUGGAGAGGACGUCCACUCAGGCCAGGGAGCCCCGGCUCGCCAGGAUUGCCCCCACCCCCUCCCGGAAGGUGCCAGAGCCCUCUGCCUUGCCUCCAGAGCCCCAGUCCCCAGCGCCUGUAGUCCCUGCAGCCGCCCCUGCUCCCCCAUCGGACUCCCGUGACCGGCGGAGGUCCUACCAGAUGCCUGUGCGUGACGAGGAGUCCGAGUCCCAGAGGAAGGCGCGUUCCCGCCUCAUGCGGCAGUCUCGGAGGUCCACACAGGGCGUGACUCUGACGGAGCUUAAGGAAGCUGAGAAGGUGGCAGGAAAGGCCCUGGAGGAGCCGGAGAAGUGCUUGCAGAGCCUCGAUACUUGCCGUAGGCCCCGUGUCCCCGGGGUGGAGAAUGCUGGCAGCCCUGUCCGGAGAGCAGAGGUGCCUGACGGCCAGGGACCACCGGCCACCAGGGAGCCUCGCCGAGCUGGCAAGGAGCACAGGGGGCCUGCGGAGGGAGAGGACGCAGAGCUGACCGGCCGCAGCCCAGAGUCCAGCACCCUGGAGGGCAGCCCCUGUGUCCACAUGCAUCAGAACCUGAACCCAGAACCUGACACAGAGCCGGAGCCAGAUGAGCCAGAUGGAGGCUUCAAGAAGAUGUACACAGAGCUGCGUGUGGAGAACCAGCGGCUGCGGGAGGCCCUGACUGAGACCACGCUGCAGCUGGCGCAGCUCAAGGUGGAGCUGGAGCGGGCCACGCAGAGGCAGGAGCGCUUUGCCGAGAGGCCGGCCCUUCUGGAACUGGAGAGAUUCGAGCGCAGGGCCCUGGAGCGGAAGGCGGCAGAGCUGGAGGAGGAGCUGAAGGCGAGCACGGGCUUGGGGUUGGGAGUGGGGGGCUGGCCUGCCCAGCGCCGCCUGCUGACCCGCCCUACCUCGCAGGCCCUCUCCAACCUCCGGGCUGACAACCAGCGGCUCAAGGACGAGAACGCAGCCCUGAUCCGAGUGAUCAGCAAGCUCUCCAAGUGACCCCGCCUGUGCCUGCAGCGUAUUCAUACAGCCGCUUCCGCCACACGCACCCCUUCCCCCGCGUGCGCACCAGUGCCAGGCUCCCGGGGAGUCUCUGAGAAGCCAUAGCCUCCCCUGGCAUCCCCGGACCGGAGGGGACCCGAGCGAGCGCCCCCAGGAGCCAAGGGGGCCCAUCGGAGGCCGGAUGGAGGUGGGAGGCUGAGCCAGGUAGGGGGAUGUCGCCCGGGGCCGGAGGCGGGACCAGAAAGGAGGGAGGACCAGAAGGCGCCAGGACCAGGAGCCAGGACCAGAGCGGCUGCCAGAGGCCCCCCGUCACGUGUGACACCAUCGCCACCCCUUCCCCUCCCGAACAGGGAUCCGAGAACGUGCCAAGUGUCCCCGGCCCAGCCGGGGCGGUGUGUAGCGUCCGCGUGCAAUGGGGGGGUCUUCUAUUUUUGCAGCCCCUCCCCGCCUACUGUCCGGGGGAGGGGAGAAGGUAUUUUCGAGACAAAGCACAGGCACCACAAAUAAAAGUCGUGAAGAUGCCACU